GAGACCGAUAAUGUAUUUCCAUUUAGCUCCACGAAUCUCUCCCUUUGCCGUAUCGCCUUGUUUCUUCACUCUUUCUCUUCCGUUCUGAUGGAUUUCGGGGUCCGAGCCGUCGAUAACCAGCCACUCCUUGCCGCUUCCAGUUCCGAAUGCUCAUCCGAUCAUCCGCUGCGUGACGAUUCUCCAAACGCAGAGCUCGUGAAACAGAGGAUUAAAGGAAAGAUAACAAAUAGAGAGAUUGCAAGCCGUAGAAUGCUCGAGGCGGAGACUAGGAUGGAGCUCAUUAUCGAGCAAGAACUAUCGAUUCUUAGGGCUACUGGCUGGACGGAGGGGUUAGCAUUUGAUGAGCAUUUUCCCAUGAGAAUGUUGGAUCUGAGGCUUAAUCAGAUUGUGGAUCAGUCGUCCUCCAGAGUUUUAUUAGCGGCUCCAGGUUCCUGUUCUUCGCUAAACUCGUAGCCAGUUCGUCCAUUUCCGGAGCCUCAAAAGGAAGAACCGAGGCCUUUGGAUGAUGAAAAGAACAAGGUAAUCUUUCUGUUAAG